ACGUGACAAAUGCACUACCGCCUUAUUGAGGUCUUGCAGCAUGUCGGAUUUCACCGCGGUUGCGCCGCCACAAUCUAAUAUUUCUAGUGGGUACGAUCCUAGUGCAGCGUUCGCGGAUGCUGUGCAAAGAGCGCGACAGAUCGCUGCAAAGAUUAACCCCCCAUCAAAUUCCGAAGUGGGCGCUAUACCUGGCGGUGGAAUCAAGCGGCCUCUAGAGGAUAGCAUGGACAGGAAUGAUGGCUCACCAGACGCCAAGAAACUGGCCGCCGUGAAUGACCCGUUUGGAGCACAGCUGGCGGCAUUGGCUCAGCAGAGGGGUUCCCUAGCAAAUGCUGCACCGGCUGUUGAAGAGUGGAGUGUACCUGACAAAAUGGUUGGACUAAUCAUUGGUCGGGGAGGCGAGCAGAUCAGUCGGCUGCAAGCGGAGUCUGGGUGCAAGAUCCAGAUGGCUCCCGAUUGUGGGGGUAUGUCGGAGCGACCCUGCACCCUGACUGGACCACGGCAUGCUAUUGAGAAGGCAAAGGAAAUGAUCAACCAGAUUAUAAGUCGUGGAGGGGAUCCAAGCCAGCUGAAUGAUGGCCACGUCGUAGUGGAACUCAUGGUGCCGGGGCCCCGGGUGGGCCUGGUCAUCGGCAAGGGCGGCGAGACCAUCAGAGGGCUGCAGGAGCGAGCCAAUGUAAAGAUGGUGAUGAUUCAAGAUGGCCCCCAGCAGUCUAUGAUGGACAAGCCCCUCCGCAUCACCGGCGAGAAGAGCAAAUGUGAGUACGCCAAGCGUCUUGUGCUAGACCUCAUCACGGAAAAGGAGCUGGAAAAUGUACGCCGUGGCUAUGGAGGGGGUGGCCCUGGUGGUGGCGGUGGUGGCGGCGGCGGCGGGGGCGGCGAGUACGGUGGGCCUCCUGGAGGUGGUCCUGGUGGAGGAGGCCCUGGCGGGGCUUCUCAGGAAGUCCUGGUGCCCAAGCAGGCAGUUGGUGUGGUGAUUGGCAAGCAGGGCGAUAUGAUCAAGCGCAUCCAGCAGGAGACUGGUGCCCGUGUCCAGUUCCAGCAGCCACAGGAUGACAAUGCUCCAGACCGUGUCUGUCUGCUCACUGGCGGCCCUGAUCAAGUGCACCAUGCUGCCUCGUUCAUUGGCGAGCUCAUCCAGAGUGUCCUGAACCGCAGCGGAUUCGCUCCGCAAAGACAAUUUGGAUUUCCGCCACCUUUCGCUAGAGACCAGCAAAACAUGGGACGUGGAAGAGGUCGAGGUAGAGGGGGCUUUGAUGGAGGGUUUGGGCCACCAGGAGGUCCUGGCAUGGGUCGUGGUGGUCGUGGUCGUGGGCCCGGUGGGGAUGACGUGCACGAGGUUCAGUACACUGUGCCCGCCAACAAGUGUGGCUUGGUCAUUGGCAAGGGUGGAGAGGCCAUUCGUCAGAUCAACCAGCAGUCUGGCGCCCAUGUGGAACUGUCCAGGGCACCCCCGCCAAACCCUGUAGAGAAAGUUUUCAUCAUUCGGGGCAAUCCUCAGCAGAUUGAGCAUGCUCAGCAAUUGAUCAAUGAGCGGAUAGGCGGGCCUCCACCAGGAGCAGCCAAUGGGCAGGGCCCCCCUAACUACCCAACACAGUACCCACAGCCAUACCAACAGCCUCCGCCUCCUAACCAGCCAUAUGCACCACAGGGUUGGGGAAAUGCCUACCAGCACUGGCAGAACCAAAGUGCACCACCGAAUGACCCCUCUAAAGCGGCCGCUGACGCCAACGCUGCAGCCUGGGCUGCAUAUUACGCACAAUAUUAUGGGCAGCAGGGUGGCCAGCCUCCACAAACACCCCAGCCUCCGCAGGCAGGUGCUGCUCCCGCAAUGCCCACUCAAGCUGCUCCUCAGCCGCAACAGCAGCAGCAGCCUCCACAGGCAGGAGCACCUGCAGGUGCACAGCCCGACUACAGUCAAGCCUGGAUAGAGUAUUACAGAUCUUUGGGGAUGUUCCGAGAAGCAGAGAUGAUUGAGCAACAGGCACGAGGCAACCAAACCCAGCAGAAGACUUCAGUGCGGUCGAAAAAGGGGCAGCAGGGUGCCUUCCCUCCGGGUGGUACUGGUCCAGGGGCCCAACAGCAGCCAGGUCAGGCUGCUGGUGCUGCACCAGGCCAGCCAGGGGCUGCCGGUGCCCCUCCGCCAGCGCAGGGCUAUCCUUAUUCAGGGCAACAAGGACCCCCAGCAGGUGCUCCUCCUGCUGGUCAGCCCACGUAUGGGGCUCCUCCUGGUGGAGCUGCAGCUGCCACAGCUCAGUACCCUGGUUAUAGCUAUCCAGGCUAUGGGGGUGCUCCCCAGUAAUUGGAAUCACUGAUUUUGAGCUGUCUGCCCUAGAAGUGUGCUACUACUACCCUCUUGCCCUUGGUCCUCUUGAUGAUCAUGAUCUUGAUGCUUGUGCACACUCCGGGGCGGUAUUGCACAAUGCAGAGCAGGCCCUUGAAAGUGAUAAAAUAUCAUAAAAGAAAACCUUGCUAUCAAGAAAUUGGCAUCCUCCUUUGCUGCUGGAUUGCUUUAUUCUGCUCUUCACCACACCCUUAGUGCACAGCUCCAAUGGCCUCAUUUGUUUUUAGUUCUCUCCUUGAUUGCGGUGGGUAUCCUAAAAUUUGGGCGCCGGAGAGCAGGUUGGCUUGUAGGGGGGCAACACAGUGGCAGACACAUUCCGACAUGCUGCUCUGGAAGGGCAAGUGGCUUCUUUCGACGGUGUCUCUGUGCAGACAAAGUAUUAUUGUGUAACACUACACGUGCACAUUAAAUUCACAUCUAACCUGUCAUAAAUAUUUUUUCUUAAUGCUCACAAUUAUUCUGAUUGUCCAGUAACAUUUGUUUUUUUCUUGAGGCAACACAAUAGUUAGGCCAUCGUCUUGUUCAUUACCUAUUCGCACAGUUUUAUUGUACAGAUCAUACUCUCUGCGCCAUCUCGCAUUCAAUUGUCAUGUAACUAGAAUGGCCAUUGGGGUUUUUGUUUUUGACCUUUCUUAUGCUCCUGUUCUCAUUUUUUGUACUCUGUGGAAUAAACUUCUAUGUGAGAAGUGCUUUUUUCUCUGCA